AUGAAGCUUAUUGACAAAAGGCUUGAGUUUGAUUUAGCAAAGAUGGAAGGCAGCCGUUCGUCAGAAUGGCAAUCAAAGAUGAGUCAAAUUAGUAGAAGCAUCAAGAAGCAGCCUUUUGUGGACCAGCAGCUGGAGACCAGCAAUAUGCAGCCGUCUUCUUUACUGCAACAUAAGGCGGCAGCGUCAGCAACAUCGGAGGUAGUGACGGCGACAUCGGAGGCAGCUCGGGCACCUUAUGUUGACCCAGUCCGCGCACCGGUCCACCACACGCCUGUCGACAGUAUUCUUCAACUCGCUCACACACUGAAGGACAUCAUGGUUACGUCGUCUACUAAUCAGGAGGAACGAUUGCUUACCCGACUGUCUACACCUAGAGAACUACCUCCAUUUAGUGGAGAUUGCAUCGAGUGGUUGCACUUUAAGAGUGCCUAUGAGGAAUCUACAUGUGCAUGUCAAUUUAGUGACUCCGAGAACCUAUGGCGACUACGUCGAGCACUCAAAGGUGAUGCCAAGGAGGCAGUUACUGACCUAUUAAUCGGCAACACGUCACCAGCUGUUGUCAUGGAGGCACAGGAACUGAGGUUUGGUCAAUCUGAUUUAAUUAUUCAAUAUCUCACUUCUCAAAUGAAAAAGCUAUCUCCAUUGUCUACUAAUUAUCAGCAUAAUGUCAUUUUGUUUUCAAUGAAAGUUAAUAACUGUGUCGCAACCCUGUACGCAUUAAAUUAG